CGCCCUCGUGCCCCGUCAGGCGCCGCCUCUUCCCGUCCGCCCCGGCCCGGCUCCGCCGUUCCCUGGCGGCAUGGCCGUGUUCCACGACGAGGUGGAGAUCGAGGACUUUGAGUACGACGAGGAGACCGGGACCUACAGCUACCCGUGCCCCUGCGGAGACCGAUUUCUCAUCACGCGGGAGGACCUGGAGAACGGCGAGGACGUGGCCACCUGCCCCAGCUGCUCCCUGAUCCUGCGCGUCAUUUACGACCAGGAGCAGUUCAUGCGGGAUGAAGUCGUGGCAGAACCUUUGCCAAACAAGGAAUUGGUCAAGUGCUGAUGAAUGCAUCGUGGACUGUGCGGCUUUGGGAUGAGAAAGUAUGGGAAUGGUGACUGCAGAAAGAGUUGUGCUUCUUCGGGAAGUGCGUGUUGCUGUGGGAUACAAGUGCAAUAAUUGUCUGUCUUCUUAACAAGAAAGAGAGUUUGCUGGGACAUUAAACACAUGAAUGCGUUUUGUUCCAAAGGGUUAUACUUAAAAAAAAAAAUAGAAGUUGGUCUAUGUAUUCCUCCCGAAGACUUGAGGAUUAUGUUCCUGAUUAAGUCAAUACACAGAAGAAGAACGUGGAGCUGGGAAAUGAUAACAUUUAGUCUGGCAGUGGCUUCUUAGCCUGUGGAGAAAAACUGGCUUUAUGUGGGUAUAUGAGGGUGUGACAUGGCACAGAGAGCUGAAAUGUUGGGAGGUGAGAUUUAGGAAUCCAUAGAACACAAUGCCAUACAGAGUUAACACAGUGCAGCUUCUCCCAGCUUGUGGGCUCAUGUACGUUAGCCCAUACUGAAUAUCGGGAGAAAACAAGAGACCCAGAGCCAACAUUUACCCAGUGCUGGUAAAUUGUAUGUUGGUAAAUUGACUUUACUCCUGUAAACACAGGGAAAGUGCAUUGUCUGUGUAUCUGCACAGACAUUGCAUUGGGGCAGAUGUGUUUCUUAAAUUGCUUCUGAAGUUGCUUUGAAAGAACCUUGGUAGUUGUUACUAAAUGCCUCUGACAUAACAGUGAUACACGUUUGAGGGUGUUAUGUGAAAUGGAGUCAACCUUUUUUUUAACCCCUGCACAGCUGCUAAGGUGCAGGACUGGAAGUUGAAGUGGGUUGUAUUUUACCCCUAUAUUCUCAACAACUUUGUGAUUUGACUGUUGCAGUAGAUAUAAAAUGGGCUGCAGUUCUUUGUGCCAUCUGUAGUAAAUUUCUCAGUCUUUCUUUAUUAGAUUCUGUCACUUUUAGGAUAGGAGAUGGAUACAUUUCACUUAAUUAAUAAAGGCAUUUUUUAGGGUAGAAAAGAGUCAUGAGAACAUACUCCACAUUGACUCCAAGACGGCCUCUUGAAUUACAAGCGACUGCACUUGAAUAUUUACUUAAUAUUUACAGUCCUGUGUUUUAAUAGGAUUUGACAUCUGUGAAGUUAAAUUUGGGGAAAAAUACCUGUGAAGAGUUUAUGUAGCUAUUUUGCUCCAGGCACUAAAGAUAAGCAAGUUUUAUUGGAUUCUUGCUUUUAGUUAUUUUUGUUCUUACAGCAUUCUGUGAAUGUUGAAGAUGAACAUUCUAGGGACUUUAAGAAAAGGAGUGGGAAAAAACCCCUUACAUCUAGUUGGAAGUUUGGAAUGCAGUAAGCACAACCCAGAGUGUUUCCAUGCCUAAACCAGGAGGUGGCACUCAUGUUCCUUUGACAUAUGUGCUUAAAAAAGUAAAUGUUGUGGUACUUUGGUUAGCUAUGCCUUAUCAAAUAUUUAUUUUGACUAUUUAAAUAAAGAUGUUUAAGAUUCCA